CAAAAUUGACAGACAGCUGAGAAACAAAAAUUUUUUAUUAGUUUGAAUCGUUUGCUACAAAUUUUAAAUAAAACAACGAAAACCGAAAUCUUUUUUCGGCUUGAGAGACUCUUGAAGUCAAUAUUUCUUCGGCUGAGAGACUCUUGCAGUCAAAAUUUCAGUUGGAGCUUUGCGCUUAGGUGGACGUUGUGCAGCACUGGUGGAUCAGCUGUUCUUGUUGUGGUUUUUUACGGCGUGAGCUGCGUUACGUGCUAUCCUCCGGGUUGAGGAUUGGAAGAGAUGCAGGGAGCUAGAGUUCUGAGAGGUUUGCUUCCUAAGUUAUGGUCCCACGGUGAAGUACUGCUCCGCCAAAGGGUCACGCGGGCAACAGCCAGUGCCGGAAUAGUACCAAGAUUUUUGGCCACCAGUCCAGACAAAAAGCCGGAGAGUGGAUUGCGUGAACUGCCGCACUGCAAUGUAGGCACCAUCGGCCAUGUGGACCAUGGGAAGACCACUCUCACUGCCGCCAUCACCAAGAUUCAGUCGAAGAAGGGUAUGGCGGAGUACCUGUCCUACGAUCAAAUUGACAGGGCUCCUGAGGAAAAGGCACGGGGUAUAACCAUAAACGCUUGCCAUAUCGGCUAUGCCACAAGCCAGCGCACCUACGCCCACACCGAUUGCCCAGGGCAUGCGGAUUAUAUAAAGAACAUGAUUUCGGGUGCAUCGCAAAUGGAUGGUGCUAUCCUGGUUGUGGCAGCCACCGACGGGCAAAUGCCUCAGACACGAGAGCAUCUUUUGCUGGCCAAACAAGUGGGCAUCCAACGUAUUGUCGUCUUUAUCAACAAAGCCGAUCUGGUCGACCAGGAGGUUCUUGAACUGGUAGAGAUUGAGAUGCGCGAGAUGCUCAGCGACUUUGGCUUUGAUGGUGUUAAUAGUCCGGUCAUUUGUGGAUCAGCUUUGUUAGCCCUUCGAGAGGACCCAUCGGUGUUCGGUGUACCAGCUAUCGAAAAGCUUUUGGAGCAAUGUGAUUCCUACAUACCAACGCCACAAAGGGAUUUCACGGCGCCGUUCAUUCUGCCCAUCGACAAUGCCUUUACUGUUCCCGGACGAGGUACAGUAGUUGUGGGUACCAUUAAGCGGGGUACCAUUCCCCGGAAUGCAGAGGCCGAUCUUCUGGGCUUUAACCAGAACCUAAAGACUAGCAUAAGCGACAUUCAGAUCUUCCGCAAAAGCGUACCCCAGGCGAUUGCCGGAGAGAAUGUGGGUGCUCUAUUACGCGGAAUUAAGAUUUCCGCUGUGGAGCGUGGCAUGCUGCUCUGUGCCACGGGUUCGGAGGAUAUUUCAAACCAUUUUGAAGCCUCAAUGUACCUACUGUCGCGCGCCGAAGGUGGUCGCGUGAAACCUAUGCUUUCCAAGUAUAUUCAGCAGCUUUUUAGUCAAACAUGGAAUGUUCCGGCUCGUAUCGAUAUUGAUCCCAGUGAAGCUAUGCUUAUGCCUGGCGAGCAUGGUCAGGUGCGCGUCACUCUGUUGAGAAAAAUGGUGAUGACCCCAGGCCAGGCUUUCACGAUACGAGAGAAUGGAGCCACGGUGGCCACGGGAAUGGUAACACAACGACUGCCGUCGCUGGACCUGCCCAAAAACAAGCUCUCCAAAGCGCUGGUGGAUUGUUAACGUCUGGCAAUUAUAUUUGUACAAAACUCAUAAAUUGCUGCUCAUUAUACAUUCUUGUUUCGUUAAUAUAUAUUUAUACGUGUGUAUUUCAUAGGUAUUUUGUAUCGGAAUACUUAAAUUGUUUUUAACAAAUGCCAACGUA